AAGUGGCUAAAGCUGUUUUUCAAUGUCGCCGUGUUUAUUCCCAAGCAAUCUGUUAGAUUCCGCAAGAAAUUCCAUCUGGUGGCGACAACAAACAAAGACUUAGAAAUCCGACAAGCGUCGACUAUGAAAUACUCUGUAAAUUGAUGAGGACAAGUGAACAGAAAAGUAAAUAAACAUUGAUGGAUUACGUUAAAAACAAGAGACUUCUAUGAUAACAGUAUAGGAAUAAAACGAUCGGCGUUCGUUGAGAUAAAAAACGUGCGGUUUCUUAUCACAAACGGCAAAACACUAUCUAAGUUGAAUAUUUUUCGCCAACGCAGCAGAAUAGUAAAGCCAGCGGAAACGCAUUUCGUUUUACGACUGCGAUACGAAGCUUCAUUGUUUGAGCGGAACGACGACGUAAACAAGAAAACUGGGGAGCAGAAACAUAUGUAGCUGGCAUUACUCGCAACCGAAACGGAUUCGGGAACCCAGCCACCUGGACGAGCAGCACUUGCACCUCGCCCACUGUCCGCGCCGGUCGAUGAGAGCUUCACUGGGAUUGGGCAGAACGCGAAAGAUGAGCAAUAACUACAACGACGUGCCAUUCGGCAUCCGGGCUGUGCAGCGGCUGUCCCGACAAUGCUGCACCCGCUUCCAUGCCCGCAGAGAUUUGCUCUACAAGAUGUCAGUGUUUGUGCUAACUUUCCUGGCCUACGCCUGCUAUCACAUGUGCCGCAAGCCCAUCUCCGUAGUCAAGUCGGUGCUGCAAGGAAACUGUUCCACAGCGCUGGCUGCAUCGGGUCAGGAUUGUGGAUAUGCGCCCUUUGAUGUUCCCGAUGCCACCACACUCUUUGGAAUGCUGGACUCGGCCUUCCUCUUCUCCUAUGCCAUCGCUAUGUUCGCUUCUGGUUUCGUGGCGGAACGCGUUUCCCUGCGAUACUUCUUGUCCAUGGGCAUGAUCCUCACCGGAGUGUUCACUUACAUGUUCGGCAUUGCUCGCACCUCCAAUAUCCAUAGUUUGUGGUAUUUCAUAAUAGUGCAAAUAUUCGCUGGCAUCUUCCAGACGACCGGAUGGCCAGGUGUAGUGGCCCUCGUGGGUCGUUGGUUUGGAAAGUCGAAACGCGGGCUCAUUUUUGGUAUAUGGAACAGUCAUACGUCUAUUGGAAACAUUCUUGGCACGCUGAUAGCGGCGCAUUAUGUGGAAUCCGAUUGGGCGCUGUCGUUUGUGGUACCCGGCAUUAUCAUUGCAGCCGUUGGAUUUUUACUCUUCCUUUUCCUAGUGGAUCAGCCGGAGAUUGUGGGCUGUUAUCCACAAGCCGGACAGCAUGAGCGUCGCGUGGCCAACGAGUCUGAUGUGGAACAGGACGACGAGGAGCAGGUGCGCCAUAACGAUGCGGAAAUCAACUAUAGAUCUGCUCCCACCGAACGUACUCCAAUCCUUCCACGAUCUCAACCAGAGGCGGUGCCAAGGGGUCGCGGACGUCCCAUCAGUCUGAUCGAUGCUUUAUUCAUACCCGGUGUGGUAGAGUUUUCGCUGUGUUUGUUCUUUACCAAGCUGGUGAGCUACACCUUCAUGUACUGGCUGCCACUUUACAUACAAAAAUCCAGCACAUUGGGUCCAGAACUGUCCGCUGAUUUGUCCACUCUUUUCGAUGUGGGUGGUAUUUUGGGUGCAAUAGCUGCGGGCUAUCUAUCAGAUGUGAGCGGAAUGUCGGCCACCGUCUGCACAGGCAUGUUGUUCGUUGCCUCGCCCAUUCUGCUGAUGUAUCAACAAUAUGGUGCAUUGUCGAUGACAAUCAGCAUAGUGCUCUUGAUUGUGGUCGGCAUCUUUGUGAACGGACCAUAUGCCCUGAUUACAACCUCUGUAAGUGCAGAGCUGGGCCAGCACAGCUCCUUGGAGGGAAAUGCCAAUGCUCUGGCCACGGUGACGGCCAUUAUCGAUGGUACUGGGUCAAUCGGAGCGGCAGUUGGUCCACUGCUUGCCGGCCUUAUCUCCACCGCCGGAUGGCAGUAUGUCUUCCACAUGCUCAUCGCUGCCGACAUCAUUGCCAUGGUGCUGCUGGGGCGACUGGUCUUCAAGGAGUUCGCUGCACUGCGUCGUGCAUCGCAUCGUAUUCGGAUUGAAUAGCAGGAAGAAGCUGAAGCGGAUGUGGUUUGACCAUAUAUAUAUUUUUGUUUCUAGCGUUCUCUGUACAUACCAUAGCAUUUGUAUAGCUAACAUAAAGAACGUUUUCUUUUCAUUCGAGAGCAUAUCAGAGUGUUUCUGAUCCUAGUUUUACCCAUACAUGUCAAUACCUAAUGUUAUUUUAAAUGGAAUGUUUACCAUCAUCUUAGGCUAUCCAUCAAGUUUACAAUUUUGAUAUAUUACCUACAUACAUAUAUAUAUAUAUAUAUAUAUACAUACAUCUAUGUUGUAAUCUUGUGUGUGCGCGCGUGUGUCAGAGUCUCCUCGUUUUAAGUGCCGAACUAUCAUUAGUACUAGCGUAAUUCUACUGCUAUGUAAAUACACUUUAUCGUACACUUUUCGUACCAAUAAAACCGAAUUUGACUGUUCUCCGCGGCAGUACAAUUUCUCAAUGGC